CGGGAGUCGGCUAGAUUAAAUUUGCAUGAUGCAUCCUCGCCGCUCUCCGUUAGAAGCCUGGCGAACGCCUCCCGCCCUGCGCCAUUUUGAAAGUGUAAUGCUGGGAGAGGGAGAGGCGAGGGAAAUCUCAAAGUAGAGUGCAAAGUCUAAAAUUCACUACUAAGGAUUGUAGUUCACUCUCCUUGUUUGGAAACUGUUUCGUGUUGUCUGUAUCAGCUGGGCCGAGGACUUGUGCGGUCUUCGAAGUUACUGACUAACCGCAUUCUCAGGUUUAUUCCUCCACUGCUCCUCGACCAGAACCACCCAGCCCACCCGGGUCAGCACUGUUCCAGUUCAGGGCCUGAGCCCGCUACAGAGACACCCUGUGUCUGAGUCGCUCACAAUGGCAGGGGCCGGCGGUGGGAACAGCGAUGUGCAGUGGUGCUUUUCCCAAGUCAAAGGAGCGAUAGAUGAUGAUGUCGCUGAAGCUGACAUCAUAUCUACUGUUGAAUUCAACCACUCUGGGGAGCUGCUAGCCACUGGGGACAAGGGCGGUCGUGUUGUCAUCUUUCAGCAGGAGCCAGAGAGUAAGAAUCAGCCACAGUGUCGAGGAGAGUACAAUGUUUACAGCACCUUCCAGAGCCACGAGCCCGAGUUCGACUACCUGAAAAGCCUUGAGAUUGAGGAGAAGAUCAACAAGAUCAGGUGGCUGCCUCAGAAGAACGCAGCACAGUUCCUUUUGUCUACAAAUGACAAAACCAUAAAGCUGUGGAAAAUCAGCGAGCGUGACAAGAGACCAGAGGGUUACAAUUUGAAGGAAGAAGAUGGGCGAUACAGAGAUUUCAAUACUGUCACAACACUACGGGUACCAGUAUUCAGGCCCAUGGACUUGAUGGUGGAGGCCAGCCCUAGACGAGUGUUUGCAAAUGCUCACACCUACCAUAUCAACUCCAUCUCAGUCAACAGUGAUUGUGAGACCUACCUGUCUGCAGAUGACCUGCGCAUCAACCUCUGGAAUCUGGAGAUCACCGAUCGCAGCUUCAACAUUGUUGACAUUAAGCCGGCAAAUAUGGAGGAGCUGACGGAGGUGAUCACAGCCGCAGAGUUCCACCCCAACCAGUGCAACACUUUUGUCUACAGCAGCAGUAAGGGCACCAUCCGCCUGUGUGACAUGAGGACAUCAGCUCUGUGCGACAAGCACGCCAAAAUGUUUGAAGAGCCAGAGGAUCCAAACAAUCGUUCGUUCUUUUCUGAGAUCAUCUCUUCCAUUUCUGAUGUGAAGUUCAGCCACAGUGGACGCUACAUGAUGACCCGUGACUACCUGUCUGUCAAAAUCUGGGAUCUCAACAUGGAGACUCGGCCAGUAGAGACAUAUCAGGUGCAUGAAUAUCUCAGGAGUAAGUUGUGUUCACUCUACGAGAAUGAUUGCAUUUUUGACAAGUUUGAGUGCUGCUGGAAUGGGAACGACAGCGUUGUGAUGACCGGCUCCUACAACAACUUCUUCAGGAUGUUUGACAGAGGCUAUCGGCAGGAUGUGACUUUUGAGGCGUCGCGGGAGAACAGCAAGCCACGAUCGGUCCUGAAACCUCGCAAAGUAAGCACGGGUGGGAAGCGCAAAAAAGAUGAGAUCAGUGUAGACAGUCUGGACUUUAACAAGAAAAUCCUCCACACUGCCUGGCAUCCCCUGGACAACAUCAUCGCUGUGGCCACCACCAACAAUCUGUACAUAUUCCAGGACAAACUGAACUAGCAGUCGCCGAAAUGCUCAGAUCCCAGAUUUCUGCUCGAGCCCCACUGCUGUGAUACACACCUAAAACUAUCUGUCUGUCAUUGCCUGAAUCCCCAAGUAUUGAUAUGAUCUCCCCUUGGUGAUUUUAAUAUCGAAUGUGACCAGACUGUCAACAGCAAACAGAGGCUUUCACACAGUACAUAAACGUCUCAUCACAAGCGCAUUCUACAUGCGGCCUGUUCCAUCGACACUUUUGGCCGUGACCUGCUGAUUUCGUUUCCAUUACCAGUCUCGCAACGCAUUUGAGUGAGUGGGAGAGUUGGGCUCAUCACGGGUUGGCCACCAACAAGCAGGCUGUGGUGGCGUCUUGUCGACAUCGGCUCACCUGUCGUGAACCCACUUCUCCAACUCAAACAAACGUUUUGCCAGACUCGACUCACGUGCAGGAGACCAGAAAGAAAGAAAGACCUUCUCAAAAGUCUCUCUGUCCAGCUUACAGAACUUUUGUAGCUACUAACUGAAUCAGAGGCUUGAAGUGAAGCACUGGCUCAGAGAGUCAGACCGAGUCAAGCCAAGCCAGCACAGGGAAAAGCACCACGUGUGUUACAAAUGUGCAGGGUUCGUAGAUCUGAGCCCAGAGAUUAGGAAUUAAUAUCAUGGGGGGUUUUUCCCCCCAUUAGCAGCACUCAGUUCAACAAGCUUCUCCACUACAUCCCAAACCAAAGGGAAAAUGUGUUAAGUACACAUUUGGCUAGGUUGUAUCAUUAUUCUUUUGUGCCAUUGCGACACGAUUCGUUUGUAUGUCAUAGCUACCAAUGAAGUUUUUGUAGCUACCACGUUUUAUUAGUUUGAAAUUUGAAAACGAAAUUCUUCUGUUUUCUUUCUGUUCCCUUUGGUACUGCCCUGAAACCCUGCUAAUACAAGCUGUCAACACUCCGUAUUUGCCCCAAGUGUUUGUCAGGAUGCCAAGUUUGCUCCCCACUUCAAAUCUGAUGUACACUUUGCUUAUGCAGUUAAGGGACUUUUUUAGUCUUUUAUCACAUUUUAGCUCAUUCUCUGCAAAUGAUGCUAAUCUUUCGUCCAUAGCGUUUCAGUAUUUAUUCAGUGAAAUUUCAAGCGUCAAGGCAGCCGCUGGUUUACAUUCAUUUCUCUACAGUAGGAGAGUCAACUUGAAACUGGCUUGACACUUUGUGUUGUCUUUGAGUCGGUCAAAGCAGUUGUUCAGUAGUAAUGCAGCUGCAGGGAGACUCUGUGUGUUCAUACUGAGGUUAAAAGUAACAUCCAUGUCUUUUUUUAUUCAUGUUUCUGAUACAAUAACGUGUUUAUACAACGGCUUCCCUGGUGGCAGAUGCAUUACCAAAACCUGACUGUUCUACUCUGUGCAAGAUUGUGUAAGUUGAUUUUCAUUGUGUAUUGAAAUGGUCAGCAGGCAGCAUGGUCAAAAAUGUAAUAAUGUCGUCCUUUCACGUGGACACGAGUGGCACGCGUGCACAUUCGUCAGGUAUUGUGGUUUUGCCGGGUCGAGUAGGGGCUAAUGAUGCCAAAGUAACCAGUCCGAUACAAAGUUGUAUUCAUUUACAGCAGUCUUGCAGACAAGGUGCCCCUGGUCAGACCCCUGGACGUGUAGGGACCACCACGUGAAGCUCAGGACAAAAGCUUAUCUACUUCGAGGGGCGUGACGUAGCCUAAUUCUCUCGUGGUCCCCACAAAGUUUGUUGUGUAGUUGCAGACUGAGCGGCCGUUUUAUCCUCCAGAUCUGUUUGUAGGGUUUUUUGUUUGGUUGUUUUUUUUUUUUAAUGAUGUUUUGUACUGUACCUUAUACAAGAAGAAUAAUCACUAUAGCUGAUUUAUUUUUGUAUAAAUUGAGGCAAUAGGAUUACAGUCUGAUCACUGUAGUUUCUUUAGUUGUCUGUCUCAGACUGAUUGCAGAUGGAAGGUUACCUGAUGGGGGAACCAUUUUGUCUUUGGGACACUUUGUUCGUUUGGGCAGGUAUUUCUUUAAAGGCUAGAGGCUUCUUUGUGUCUUCGACUAAGGUGUGUCGUUUCUCAAGCGGGAUGUCCAAAGAAAAGUAUUUUCAGGCGUCAGUACCGCCAUAGUCGUACGCACUAUUAACAGUUUAUUUUUUUAAUUUGGCUGACUGUAACUGAUGUUCUUGUGAAAGUCGCGUGGAUGCUUCAGAGUAAGAGUCUCAGAGUUCAUUUGGAUCUGAACGUUCUGUUUUUGUGCCAUGGUUUUGUUUUAGGAUUUUUUUUUUUUUUACUCGCUGUGAAAGACUGGGCCCCUGUGGGUCUACAUGGGAAAGGCAUUUUAAUCAACAUGUUGCGUUAAAGCUGUUAAAUCGAGUUCUCUCUAAAGCUAGUCAAGACGGUUGACUAGGCAGCGUUACUGAUUCUGAUGAAUUACUGUGUGAAAUGUAGGAGAGUUCAGACUCGUUUAUUUAAAAAGGAGGAUUUGUGAAGCGCUUGGUGUGCAGAUUUGUUGUACUGAAGCGGUUUAAAUGAUGACUGCACUGGAUGUGGGAAAAUGCUUCUGCCACACAUGCUGCCAGUUCUCUUCUGGAGCAAACGGGCUGAUCACAGCACAGUUUUCCACUUCAUCAAAGUUCUGUUUUAAUGAUAGUUUAAUCCACUGAAUCAGGGCAUGAAGCUUAUUAGUCCACUGGAUCGUAUUUAUGUAAGUUAAUGUGUCACUCCAACAUUGGAGAACUGAUUUCCAAUCACUAGGAUGCCAGCAAAAUAACCACCCAUCUCCACACAGGUUUGUCACUCUCAGGGCUCUGGGUAAUGUCCUGUAGUAAUGAGACGCUCUGCUGAUCUCUAUGUUUUUCAUGAUUUUUACAACAAACAUCUUUACUGUCUAAUGCGAGAUGGUGUGUGAGGGUCAGCUGAGUUAUUUGCCGCAUGUCAUUCGUAUGAAUGAUGUGGCCCGUUUGUUUCAUUCCACGGUCAGGGACAAUCCAGUCAACAAGCAGAGUUUGCCAUUCAAAAUAUAAGAUCAGACUUGUCCUGUCAUUCAACCAAAGGAAGCGCUAUCACUCCAUUGUUUGAAAAUGCUAAAAAUAAAUGUAUAAAGAAAAGGAAAUCCCAUCUUAGCAGACGUAGAGGCUUGUACGAGUGUCAUAGCAUUAUUGGAACAACAGUCACUAACAUUCAUGGAGGAUAAACAACUAAUCCGCCCCCCCAAUACUCUUCAGUCCAUGUGUAAAUCACAGAGAUGUUCAGAAGAACCCUAAUGCCUUUUUUAUAGCAUUACAAAGAAAUAAGAUAAUCAACACGUGUGUUUCUUGAACUUUCCGGCGUGCCAGACAGGAGACUGCUCAGGGGAUUUUACCGCUGCUCUGUGAUCCAAACCUUGUACCUCCAAACAAGCAGCUUUUCAGGACUUUAUUAAACAGCCUUUAACUUUAAGUUUCUGUAAUCCUUUUUGAGCAUGAAUUUUGGGUCAACAGAAAUUGCCCUACGCAUAAAAUCUCAAGGGAACAGUCUGAAUUGGAGCUAUGAGGUUUAUCCACUUGACGCAGCACUAUGUACAUGUCUAAUGUAUCACAGGAGUUAAAACAGAAAUGCACUUUUUAUUUUUGUGAAUUUCAUUCAUUUGUAUGUUUUUGUUUAUUUCUUUGAGGGGGGCUCUUGAAUAAAGAUUGUAGGAGAGUUUGGGUGCUCCAUUUUGGGGAGGGGGGGUUGGGGGCUACAAGUGGUUCAUUGUACAUCUGUGUCUAUCUUUAUCAAAUGGAAUAAAAUACAAUUUAGAUGAAAAGUAAUAAAGAAUUUGCAACCUAAA